UCCAGCGUCUUGACGCGUCAUCAGUGAGGGAAGUUUCCGAUCUUGAAGAAAGUGUAGUUUAAAGAGAGAAAGGCUGAUGAAUGUAGUUUUAAUGAACGUGAGGAGUGAUGCGUGAGCUGCGGGGAGGCUUCGGGGAGGCUGCGGGUCAUGAUGCCGUGGAGGAGACACUCAGUCGGGCUCGUCUUCAGCUGCGUCUUCGUCGUUUCUUUUUUCACCAAUAAGUUUGUUCUCUCCGUGUUAAACUUCACGUUUCCGACUUUGUUCCAAGGAUGGCAGACGUUGAUCGGCGCCAUCCUGCUGCUGCUCUCUGGGAGACUGGGCAUGGUGGAGAUGAGUCGCAUCACCAGGUCAGCAGCUCUGUCGUGGCUCCCAGGCGCUCUCCUGUUUGUAGGAAACAUCUACGCUGGCUCCCGGGCCUUAGCACGCUUAGAUAUUCCUCUUUUCUUCACGCUGCAGAACUCGUCUCACGUCGUCAGUUUACUCAUCCUGAAGGUCAUCCACAGAGAGAGGGUGCAGAGGCUGAAACUCUUCAGUGUUUGCCUCAUGCUGCUGUCAGCCAUCAACCUGCCUCAAUAUGAUCCUCAGUUUGACUCCAGAGGUUACCUGUGGGCCGUCGCUCACCUGUUCUGUGUUGGUGCAUACAGAGUGUUCCAGGUUCACUACAGACCAGGUAACCUAAGUGACCUUGAGCGGCAGGUCAUCAACUACCUGUUCAGCGUGCUGCUGCUGGCUGUCGCUGCUCACCCGACAGGUGACCUCAUGGGGGCGCUGGAAUUCCCCUCGCUGCAGUCUCACACGUUUCACUGUGGCUGCUGUGCCAGCGCUCUGCUCGGCUUCCUGUUGCUGUUGGCAACCGUCAAACUCAAAAGUGGAUUGUCAGUGGAACACGCCGGGGUCUGGAUCUUUCUGUCCAAGGUUUCUGCCGUGUGUCUCUCUCCGUUUAUCUUCCACAUGGACGUCAACACUCCGUCUCUGAUCUGUGUGCUCGUCAGUCACAUGGGAGGAGCUCUGCUGCUUUAUUCUGAUGCAGACUCUCAGACCAGAUGACCAACCUGCAGCUCGCCCCUGCCCCCCCUCAAGAGAUUCUUUCUACUAAAGCUUUAUUUUGUGAUAAUCUGCUUACCAAAUAAACGUUGUGAACGUCG